UCAUGGCGCUACCAACAGUGGUCCUUCGGUGUCCCUGUCCGUCCUCAGCCUGUUCUAUGGUUUGGCUGCGCCUCCAAAAACUACGGGAAACGAGGGCUUUUCUUCUGAGUCGACACUAUGAGACGACCAAUGGCGGAGAUGCAAACACGACAGCUUCUUCUUCUUCUUCUUCUAGUCGACCCUAUGAGUAUGAGACGAGCGGCCCGAAAAAUAGAAGGAGAGCCACUUCCUCCUGUGAGGAUUACACGAGAGACAUCUCAAGCGGAAGUGGUUAUCCUUCUCCCUCUAGAGCAGUAAGAAGUCACGAUACUUCUAGGAGUAGUUCACUUGAUGCUUCUGCUGAGGACGGGGACAACAUACAUCAUCCUGAGUUGAGCCUAAUGCUGAAACAAAAAGCAGAAGCAGCAUCCUCUGGUUCGGGGAACAACAGCGGGAAUCAUAUGCUGUUGAAAGGACCAAACUGGCAUAAUAUGCUGACAUCAAGAACGAGACUUGGAGGACUGCUGGGAACCUUAGGUUCAACAGGAGACUCUAGCAGUGAGAAUAUUCAUCUUCGAGUACCUACUAAUAAUUAUCGUGCUUCUCAAGGUCAAGAUGGUCGUGUACAAGACCCUGGUCGUGUUGUACCAAAUGACAGGCAGAAGCAGCAGAUGAGUGAAAGCAUAGAACAAGAAUUAGGAACACCUUCGGAAAAGCAAAAGGAGGACCUCACGAAUCGGAUUACGGUAGAAGUUUGCGGAGAAAAAGUUGACAUGAUAUCUUCUGGUCGCACACAUAAAAAUGGUAGUUCUUCGGAAGAUUUGAUUUGCAUGCGAACCUCCGAGAUGCUUGACAUGGCUGAAGAAGCAGCCCAAAAAUGGAAACCGGUCAUAGAAAAACUCCAGACUCGUACUUAUAAUGAGUGA